GCGCGAAACGGUACCAGGUACAGUUUCGUCGUCUUAAAAGUCUCUAAGGGAUCUGAAGUCUUUAAAGUGACACCGAGUCAUGAUUCGUCCGCUCAGAGGCUUGUAUUAAACUCAACGAAUAACCCAACGUUACCGUAUCCGUACACCUUCGUUUCGGAUCUUUCCGAUAAAUUAACGGAUAGAUAGACGGAAUUUCCGUGGACGAAAAACGGCUAGUGGAUCUUGGCGCCAUAUUUCUGCAAGCAUUGCAUACAUCACGUCGGUUGGUCACCGUGUGAACGAAGAGAGUACAUCGUCAUUUUGCGUGAUACAGUUUGUGUGGUUGUGUACAAAAAUGACCUCAUCAAUUCCGGAUGAUAUUUCACCACCGAUGCCUACGAGUAAAAAGUCGACGCAGUACCUUGCAGCCGUUUCAUCUACCCUGGCCGCCGUGACUGCUGCCAACUAUAUCGGCUGGUCAUCCCCGGCACUUCCGCUCUACAAUCAAAAGGAUACUCUAGCUUUGAGUGACGACGAGAAGUCAUGGGUCGGAUCCUUGCUCGCGCUGGGUGCUCUUUUGGGUGCGAUUCCUGCGGGAUGGGUAGCCGACAAAUUUGGAAGGAAGAAAUCGAUACUGAUGAUCGGUGUACCUUGUUUGCUUUUCUGGUUCAUGAUCGGAUUUGCACCAAGCACGUUGUGGUUGUUCGUGGCUCGAUUUUUGAGCGGAGUUGCAAACGGGGCAACGACAGUCAUCGUUCCGAUGUACGUUUCCGAAAUCGCGGAGCCGGCUACUCGAGGUACGAUUGGCUCGCUUUUCGAGCUCCAGAUGGCGAUUGGUCUUUCGCUGGGGUGGUUGACAGGUUUGAUCGGGAAUCUCAAAUGGAUAGCCAUGACCUCAGCCACUAUACCGGCCGCCCUGCUGCUGAGCUUCAUCUUUAUGCCGGAAACCCCGGUGUGGUUGAUCGGCCAAAAUCGUCGAAAGGACGCCGAGAGAGCGAUGGAGAGACUCAGAGGUAGAGAUUUCCCGUUUCAGCAGGAGCUUGCGCAGCUCGAGUUCAACAAAGAAUCCCAGAGCAAGCAGAGGGCAGGAUUUUCGGAGCUAAAGAAUCACAAAAGGGCUGUCCUAAUCUCCUUCGGACUUACGGCUCUCCAACAACUGUCCGGAAUAAAUGCGGUUGUUUUCUACGCCGAGGAGCUUUUCGUUGCCAAAGAAUCGGUCCUCACCCCGACAGUCUGCGCUGCCAUUAUGGGCGUCGCUCAGGUUCUUGCGACAGUCGUAUCCACGGUGCUGGCCGACAAAGCUGGCCGGAGAAUCCUCCUCAUGAUCAGUACGGUCGUCAUGGGUGUCUGCCUCAUCGUCGUGGCAGUACAUUUCCAUUUUCAGGCUGGAGUACAAACGAAGGGUAUUCCAUGGGUGCCUCUGAUAUUCUUCACAAUCUACAUAAGCAUGUACGCAAUUGGAUGUGGACCAGUACCUUGGAUCAUGGUGAACGAAGUGUCGCCGACGAACGUCGUGGGUACGAUCAGUGCGUCAGCGGCGAUGAUCAAUUGGUCGCUGACCUUCGUGGUUACCAAGGUUUUCAUCAAUCUACAGUUCACUAUCGGUCUGCCCUUGACGUUCGGUAUGUUCGCCUUGUUGUGCAUGAUCGGUACGAUAUUCGUCGCGGUCGUCGUACCGGAGACGAAGGGCAAGACGAAGGAGGAAAUCCAGCUCCAACUUCAUAAGAUCAAGAAAGCACCGAUGGAUAUCGCACCGAUGGAAAUCUAUACUAUCACUACCGAGCAGACUAGGCUGUGAUCUGGGAACAAUUGUCAGCGCAUUUCGGAUUUGCGAGAUGUGAUAGUUUUGGACGGAAUGAUAAAGAAUAAAGGAUAAAUUCGACGUGUGGAUGAAAUGGCGCAUCCCUCGUCCCUGACAGAAUAGCACAUUCAAGAAUCUUAAUAGAAACGAGAAACCCGAUUGAUUCUACUUUCACGUCGCUUUGACGGCGACCACUGCCAUCCGAAUGUUACUGCAUCAUCGUGGAUUCUCAUCAGUUUUUUUCACCUCAAGGCACACUGCAGCUUCCCGAGAGAAUUCGGAAACUGAGUUUUAACUUGAGUCGUUACUCAACCACAAGCUUCACUCUUCUAUUUUCGUUAGCAAAUCUCGUCACUUUCCAUUUAACCUGUCCUACUAACCGAAAUCUCAAUUUGUGUCAAGUUUAAUUGACAAGAUUUUUCACGUUAUUUUUUACCCAUUGAAUCACCUUAUUACAAUAGAAUAAAAUGUCAUCCAAUUACCUGAAGUCAUCACUUCAUUGCUGACUCUCAGUUUUGAAAAAACAAAAAUAUCACGGUGGUAGAUGCGGAUCCUAAGCGAGUCGGUAAAGAUCCAUAGUUGAUUGGAACUUCCAGCUUGUAAUUUUGAUUAUCGACAAUUUCGAUGUCGACUUACUUUUCAUGGUACUCGCACAAGGGAAAGUGGGACAAAACUGACUCUCUACCUGUAAAAAAAACAAAUCGUUUAAAAAAUUUUCCAGCUACCGAUAUGAGAAUAUUCUGUUGCUGAAACUAAAUUUCACUUGAUCUCACAAAAUCCUGCGUUGCCUUGACAAAAACUACUCAAUUUCUCAGUGUUUCGUUUCGCAUAAUUUUCUACCGUGAUACCAUCUUGCCCCGCUUUCUCGUAUAAAUAGGUGUGCGUACAUGUGCUAUAUUUUGGAUUUUAGAAGAGGCGUAGCUUAUAUAUUGUAUGUAUACAUAUAUUAUAGGUGUAUGUGUCAUCCAGUUUUUAACAGUUGGCGUGUAGUUAUAUCUCGAAAAUACAUCGCACUAUCAUUGUGACUCGCAAAUAUUAUUGACCGUUUCAUUCGCGUGCUAAUUGGUUGCAUAAAUAUUUUUGCGUAGUUUGAAAACUUCAUAUCUAUACACUUACCACGCUUCGAAUCAUAGCAUUCCAUUACCAGUCAGUUCAAAGUUU